AACCGUACAUGACAUUCAUAUAAGGUCUUCUCUCUCUCCACUGCUUGCCACGUGGCCAUUUUCGAAAUGUGUUGUCAUCUAUAAAACCAAAGGAAACUGUUUCAUGAGUUAGCUAUUUUUGGUUUCUUCCUAUUCAUUUUCUCUGCUGAUUGCUUACCUUCCCCCGAUUUGAACUUCUUUCUCUCUGGAUUCAGCCUCAAAGCUUUGCAGCUUCAUCUGGAGAAGCUAUUGCAAGAGUUUCAGUUCAGUCCUUUAACUUUCAUUUCGAAAUGGAUGAAGGUUCUGGGAAAGUGAAGGUUGGAGAAACAGAAAUUUCCUCCAUGCAAAAUAAUGGGCAACCAAAAUACCAUUUGAAGAGAUUCUCACCACAAGAGAAUCCCAAAGAAACUACCCAGUUGAACACUCAAGAAAUUCAACAAGAAAAGCUAGACAUCAAUCUUGGACUCUCUUUGGGUGGAAUUUACAGUGAAAACUUGAGAGGAAAACCUCUAACUAGAUCAUCAUCCAUCAUUGGAGUGCUGACUCCGAAGAAGGACCCUGAGGAUCUUGAUUCUCCAUUGCCCAAGUCCUUCCUUUCAUUAUCAAGGUCUUGCUCCGUGCCUACUGAGGCAGAACAAGAGCAGAGGAAGGCAAGUCUGAUGGCUUUAGCAAGGAGGAGAAUUGAGUCCCCUCGGAGAUUCAGUGGGCAGAGUAAGAAAGAAGUCACCGAGCAGCAAAAAUCUCCAGCUAGAGAACCAAUGCCAACUUCACCGUCCAAAGUAGCUGCCUGGGCUGCUGCUUCUGCUGCCAAGAGCCCUGCCUUGUGUCGUGCCCUUGUUCAGAUCAAGCGGCAGGUCGCUUUGUUUGGAAACACACAACUUGAAGGACAAGAAGGUGCAGCUGCAGAGAAGGUUGCUAGCUGUUCAAAAUCGUUGCCGAUGCAGAAGGAUGCUGAAUCCAAUGUGACGUCGAGGACAAUUUCAAAUGGAAAACAAGAAAAGGUUGAAGAAAGAAAGCUUGAGAAUCAUCCAUCAAAAAGGGUUAAACGUGUGAACAAUGGAUUUCAAGAUAAUGGGAUGGAUGUAAUGAAACAGAUGCCUAGUGUGACAACCACUGGAGAUGGCCCCAAUGGCAAGAGAAUAGAAGGGUUUCUAUACAAGUACAGGAAAGGUCAUGUGAGCAUAGUGUGUGUUUGCCAUGGCAGCUUUCUCUCUCCAGCUGAAUUUGUGAAGCAUGCUGGUGGUAAGGAUGUCCCAAAUCCCAUGAAGCACAUCACUGUCUGUUCCUCUUUUUCCUUUUAGAAGGCAGUGGUGACUUUUGGCUUUGUCACCCUUUCUGAGAAUCUAAGGUAGAAAAUGAGAACAUCUGAAACUUAUAAGCUACCUAUUUUCACUAUUUUGUCUGUUUUUUUCCUUUCGUUGAGAAACUUCCACCUGCUGGUGGAUUUUUUGUUUUUUUAAAAACUUCUCUCUUUUGAGAACUCUUGGACAGAGUGUGUUUAGCUUUUAAUAGAAGAGUAGCUGUUUUUGCUUUGUCUCUCUA